CCUCUGGAGAUUCGGAUCCCUCUACACCUCUCAAAACAACCUUGCACUUGUUUCUUACCCUCGCCCCGACCCUGAACCGAACAGCAACCACCGCGAAAAUGGCCGAAGCCUACGAGCGCGAACAACAGAACAACGCCCUUCUCAACUCCCUCUCCUCGAAGGUCUCGGCGCUCAAGUCCGUGACGAUUGAUAUUUAUGAUAAUGCGCGGGACCAGGAGACGUUGGAUCAUUCGAACCAAGUCUUCUCCUCCCUGUCCACGAAUCUCAAGGGCAGCGCCAGUCGGUUGACCCGCAUGGCGCGCCAGGGCGAUACGGUCGCCGUGCUGAAGGUCGCGUGCAUUGUGGUCGUGGCGGGUUUGCUAGUUUGGAUGAUUUUAGGGUGGAUCUUUUAAGAUCCUUUGCCCCCCCUCCCCCCCCCCUCUUCUCCGUCUAUCUUGCUUUGGUUGGGGUUGUGGGAUGGUUAUUCAGGGUGGGUUGGGUUGGUGUCCGCUUUUUUCGUUGUGUUGCGGAGCGGAGCGGUGGUGGGCUUUGCUGCUGUUUGUUGAUUCUGAGGGGAACGGGGCAGUAGGGGUAUCAUGGCUAGCUGGCUAGCUGUGUCUUUGA